GCGUGGGCUCCGUAAAUGGCCAAUGGAGAGGCGGGCGAGGCGGGGAGGCACGGGGAACGGCCAAUGAUGGUUUGUUUACGGCCCCGCGCGCUGUGAGUGGCCGCUUCUGACCAAUCUGUAGUCGCCGUUAUUUCGUCCAAUCUCAGGUGUGUAAGAAGACAUAAUGGAAGGUGCCGAAAGCGACGACAUUGGGGCUUCCUUCCUGUCCUCUGAACAGUAUAUGGUCGAGGGCCACGUUGGCCACGGACACCAACACGACGACGAAGACAAGGAAGACCUCCCGCAUCUUCUCCGAGAACAAGACCGCUUCCUGCCCAUUGCUAACGUUGCGCGGAUCAUGAAGAAGGGAAUCCCAAAGACUGGCAAGGUAGGAGGAAACAAAAUUGCAAAGGAUGCCCGAGAAUGUGUACAGGAGUGUGUGAGUGAAUUCAUCAGCUUUGUAACGAGUGAAGCUUCAGAUCGCUGCCAUCAGGAAAAAAGAAAGACCAUUAAUGGUGAAGACAUUCUCUGGGCCAUGAAUGCCUUAGGGUUUGAAAACUACGUAGAACCACUUAAAAUUUACUUACAAAAAUUCCGUGAGUCCACGAAGGGAGACAAGCCCUUGGAUAGUACUUUGGAAGGUGCCUAUGAGGUGGACUUCGGAAACAACAUGACCACAUUUGCAGCAGAACAUGUCAGCCAGUCGGAGAUUGUGUGCACGUAUGGCCCAGCGGGGCAAGUGUCACAGCAGUUCACUUUAGGUUAAAUACUCUAAUAGUUAGUGUGUGUGUUAGUUUGAUAAUUUUAUGCAAAUCAUAAAUGAAAUUUUCAUUGAAAUUGGGUGAAUAUUUUCUGGCAUA